AGACUGAAGAAGUAUCCAGACAGGCGGAUGGGCGCAGUUGAUAGGCUCCACUAUCUCACCAUGACUGCAGAAAAUCCAACACCUGGAGACCUGGCUCUGGCUCCCCUGGUCACCUGCAAACUCUGCCUGUGUGAACAUUCUCUGGAUAAGAUGACCACCCUCCAGGAAUGCCAGUGCAUCUUUUGCACAGCUAUUGCCUGUUUGGUACCUGUGGAUCAGUUUCAGCUUUAUCAGCGGUUAAAAUUUGAACGAGAGGUUCACCUGGACCCCUACCGGACAUGGUGUCCCAUCGCAGACUGUCAAACGGUGUGCCAUGUGGCAUCGAGUGAACCAGGACAACCUGUGCUGGUGGAGUGCCCUUCUUGCCACCUGAAGUUCUGUUCAUGCUGCAAGGAUGCUUGGCAUGCAGAAGACUCCUGCAGGGACAGUCAGCCUACCAUCCUGCCCACAGAGCAUGGGGCCCUCUUUGGGGCAGACACAGAAGCCCCCAUUAAGCAGUGCCCAGUUUGCCGGGUUUAUAUUGAACGCAAUGAAGGCUGUGCUCAAAUGAUGUGCAAGAACUGCAAGCACACAUUCUGCUGGUAUUGUCUCCAGAACCUGGAUAAUGACAUUUUCCUCAGGCAUUAUGACAAAGGACCGUGUAGGAAUAAGCUGGGACACUCCAGAGCAUCAGUAAUGUGGAACCGAACACAGGUGGUGGGGAUUCUUGUGGGAUUGGGCAUCAUUGCCUUGGUGACUUCACCCUUGCUACUCUUGGCCUCCCCGUGUAUAAUCUGUUGUGUCUGCAAGUCCUGUCGGGGCAAGAAGAAAAAGCAUGACCCAUCUACAACUUAAAGACUUCUGUUCAUGCUCAUGUGCCAUGGAAAUCUGGGUCAUAUGAGACAGCACAGUGACAAAGCCCCAGUUAUUGAACUCACAUCCUUCUUUUUGCCAAACUUUGGAAGUGCCUCUUAUGUCCAGACUUUGAACUUGCCUGCC